GCGUGAAAGCCCAUCCCGCUCGCAUCUCGGCGGCCCACUCCUUUAGCCGAGGCCAACUGUCCCUGCUUUUUCCCUCCUCUGCCUCCGUUUCAAAACCCCAUCCGUUGCUCUCCAGAUCUCGAUCUAGGGGUUCUCUUCGCUUCUCUCGUCCAGGAAUUAUUUCGAAGAAGGAAUAAAUAGAUCGAUCCAUCGAUCGAUCAUCUUCUAGGUUUCCAGACGUUCGAUCUUCUAGGUUUUUUGCGGAGCGGAGGCGGGGUAUUCGAUUUGGAGGUAGCAAAGAGGAAUGGAGAAGUACGAGAAGCUGGAGAAGGUCGGCGAGGGGACGUAUGGGAAGGUGUACAAGGCGCAGGACAAGGCGACGGGGCAGCUGGUGGCCCUCAAGAAGACCCGCCUCGAGAUGGACGAGGAGGGCAUCCCCCCCACCGCCCUCCGCGAGAUCUCCCUCCUCCAGAUGCUCUCUCGGAGCAUCUACGUCGUCCGAUUGUUGAAUGUGGAGCACGUGGACAAGAACGGGAAGCCCCUUCUUUACCUGGUGUUUGAGUAUCUUGACACUGAUCUCAAGAAGUUCAUUGAUUCCCACCGUAAGGGGCCCAACCCCCGGCCUCUCCCACCGUCCGUUAUUCAGAGCUUUUUAUAUCAGUUGUGCAAAGGAGUUGCCCAUUGUCAUAGCCAUGGUGUGCUUCACAGGGAUUUGAAACCUCAAAAUCUUUUGGUUGACAAAGAGAAGGGCAUCUUGAAGAUUGCUGAUCUUGGGCUAGGAAGAGCCUUUACCAUCCCUCUUAAGAGCUACACCCACGAGAUUGUCACACUUUGGUAUAGAGCUCCUGAGGUUCUGUUGGGAACCACACAUUACUCAACUGGAGUUGAUAUGUGGUCAGUUGGAUGCAUAUUCGCUGAAAUGGUGAGGAGACAAGCUCUUUUCCCUGGUGACUCAGAAUUGCAGCAAUUGCUUCACAUCUUCAGGUUGUUGGGGACUCCAACUGAGGAACAAUGGCCUGGAGUUAGCUCUCUUCGGGACUGGCAUGAAUAUCCACAGUGGAAGCCCCAGAACUUGGCACGUGCAGUUCCAACCUUGGAACCUGAAGGCGUUGACCUUCUAUCGAAAAUGCUUCAAUAUGACCCAGCUAACAGAAUAUCAGCUAAAGCAGCAAUGGAACAUCCCUACUUUGAUGGCCUUGACAAGUCACAGUUCUAGUGCUAUUGUAUCCUUGAAACCGGUUUUACCAUGAGCUCUAUCAUUCACCGGCCAGUGACAGUGGCUGUAUUGGUGUCUGCGGCAACUUUGCUAGUUGCUGUGGCAUGUAACAUUCUGAUUGAUAGAGAGAUUUGUUUUUGUUAUUGUUGUUGUGGUGGCUUUAUAUGCUUAUGAGUGUCAUCUCAAGCAAUGAGAAGUUUGUGUGACAUCGGUUUAAGAUUUCUCUCGUCAUAUUAUUGGCACAUCAAAUUCUGCAGCAAUUUAUAAGUUGGGCAA